CAUCCGGCGUCAGCAGAGCAACAUCUUCCACCUCACGUUCAUCAUCAGGAAUGGUGGACAUAGAAGAAGUCAAUUGAGAUCCGAAAACAAUAAAGCAAGAUCAUGGAGGAUCUGCUUGAAAUUAUUGUGUUCAAAUCCUGUACAAAACAGUGACAUAUGAGAUGAUUUUUGAGGUUUCGUACAUAAUUUUGAAGCUGCCUGACUGGACGUGGUAUCAAUUAUGGUAUGAAGAUGUUCAGACUAAGAAUGGAUUCUCAAAAUCAAAACUACUAAUCGAGAUUCAAGAUGUAAUGCACAUCAGUCCAGAAGCUGGAAGGAAAUGGCUACAUGAUCAUCAUGGGGGACCAGUGUGUCAAGGCCUAUGCUUUCGUAAGAACAAACCAGUGACCAGUUCGAACCGGAAACAAAUAGAGGCAAGAGCUAAGAAGUCACAAGAGAUCUGUUGGGAUCUAGAUACUUUCCAAGUGUUAACCAUCAUUGUUAUAUACAUGCUUAAAAAUAAUAAAAAAACUGUCAUGAAUCUUUGUUGUUCUUAG